AUGACUUCCACUGUUCUUGUUACUGGAGCCAGUGGCUUCCUAGGACGCGCUGUCUUCAACACCUUCCAGCACUCUGGUGUGCUGGUAGUUGGGCAGGGAUUCUCCCGCGCUGCCCCGCCUACCAUCUUGAAGGCGGACCUUGAGAAGAAUGAAGAUAUUCAGACCCUUUUCGAUGAAGUGAAGCCUCAAAUUGUCAUCCACUGCGCCGCCAACAAGUCGCCCGACCUCUGUGAGAAGAACCCGGACCAGGCCCGCAAGGUCAAUGUCGACGCUACGCGCGCCUUGGCCAAAGAAUGUCAGAGCCGUGGUGCUUUCCUGAUCUACAUCUCAACCGACUACGUCUUCUCCGGCAAGGAGGGUGAGGCACCCUACGAGGCAGAUGCACCAACCAAUCCUCCAAACCUGUACGGUCAGUUAAAGCUGGAUGGCGAGCGCGCAGUUCUGGAAGAAACCGGCGACUCGGGUCUCGGCGUGGUACUGCGCGUGCCGGUGCUCUACGGCAGCGCCAAGGAGAACUCCGAGAGCGCAGUGAACACACUCGUCGAUGCUGUGAAGAAGGCCACCGAUGAGAAUGCCGGCGUCAAGAUGGACGAUUGGUCUCAGCGGUAUCCGACCAACACCGAGGAUGUUGGUCGCGUGUGCCGGGAUAUCGUCAUCAAGUACCUCAAGGAGAAGGAGAAGCGCAAGGAGUUGCCGCGCAUCCUGCAAUUUACGUCUGAAGACCGCAUGACCAAGUAUGAGAUCUGCCAGAAGAUUGCUCAGGUGCUUGGUGUUGCGAUCCCCGGUAUGAUCCCGCAGGGCAAUGACCCCAACGCUGCGGUACAGCGGCCUUAUGACACCCAUAUGUCGACCAAGGCGUUGACUGACAUUGGAAUUGAUGUGCGGACAAUGGAUUUCGUUGCCUGGUGGCGCAGGGAACUAGGUGCUUACCGCAAGUAA